AUGAGAAUGCAGAUGUGGUGGUGUCGAGGACCUCGCCCACCUGACUACAACCAACUGGAACCAGCAGCAACCACUCGGAACCAACAAAGCUGCUAUUAUACUGCCACAUAUGUUGAGCUUGGUUGUCUCCAAGCCUUGUCACUGAAAAUCCCCCAGCUUGUGACGCUGCCCAGUCGAUUCGCUCCUGGAUGCAAGAGUCUGGCUUCAAUGCCAUCAAGAGUUUAUUCCCUGGUGUAGUAGCUAGUCCCAGUUUCUGUCAUCUCUACACUAUUCUACACAAGUCUGAGUCGAGUCGCGCCUGGAAUGGUCUUUUUCAAUGAGCAUCUUGGUCAGAAUGUGAUGGGAAAGAACUCUGCGCGUUGGCGGCAGGUGUCGCUAUUCACACCAAUAGCUGAACGAUUGUGGUUGUGGGGGCUGGCCUUUAUACCAAUGUAGUUUUCGGUCGUCGGGAUUGUUCAGAGUUCCUUGUUUUUUCAUUGCUAAUUUCCCCUGUGCCUCGAGGUGAGCUGGACAGGAAGUUCAGUUGCUGGAGGUCUUUACGUGGCAGCUUUCUAAGAAGAUGUCUGAAGCCCGUGACAUUGAGUGGCACAGACUAAUGAUCGGCACAGCUUUCUUAUCUAGCGGCACAGCGACUCUUUUAAUGUGACUGUAAAAACUAUCCCCUCGUGCCGGACAAACUUCAACAUUAUUUGAAAAGGUCGCCCAUAGGAAACGAUCCAUUGCUGAUCGCAUCCACGCAUCCGCUUUUUUUUUUUUUUCACAGCGUUCAUCGGCGACGGGCCUGUCGUGCAGGCAAAAAUAAAACUGUGUGGACAGGGUCAAAUAGGAACGAACGCCGAGUUUUUUCGACGCCUACGGUGCAUUUUGCCAGUCAUCACCCCCUUCAACCGUACACUCCCGGACCUCACAGACUUUUGCUACGACACCACCUUUGACUGCGCUACUUGCUGACACUAUGGAGGGAAUUUUGGACUUUGGGACGGACCUGGAUAUUGGUCUGUUUGACCGCGUGGUAAACACAAUGUUCCUCGGUGGACCAGAGCAAGCUCAGGCGAACAUGAUUUUGGAGCAAUUUCGACAACAUCCUGAUGCUUGGAAGCGCGUGGAUGCUAUCUUGGAGCGGUCGCAAGUGUUGCAAGCAAAGUACCUUGCUCUACAAAUAUUGGAGAAUCUGAUCAAAACAAUGUGGAAAGCGCUCCCCCAAGGAGAACGAGGAGGAAUUCAAAACUUUGUUGUCGCGUUUAUUGUAAAGAAUUCAAGUACAGAUGAAGCAUUAGAAAAGAACAGACUUGUACUGGCAAAGCUGAACAUGGUCCUCGUACAGAUCCUAAAACACGAAUGGCCUCACAACUGGCCUACCUUCAUUCCUGAAAUUGUAAACUCGAGUAAGACGAAUCUGGCCCUUUGCGAGAAUACAAUGAACAUUCUGAAGCUAUUGAGUGAGGAGAUUUUCGACUUUUCGGAGGAGCAAAUGACGUCGAAAAAAACCCAAAACCUAAAAAAUACCAUGCUGGGCGAGUGUGCAGAGAUUUUCCAACUCUGUCACGUUGUGCUGGAAAAGGCCCAGAAACCCAGCUUGAUCAUUGCAACAUUGGAGACGCUCCUACGAUUCCUCAGCUGGAUGAACCUUGGCUACAUUUUUGACACCAAUCUCAUAAAUAUCCUUCAAAAUCGGUUUCUCGGUGUUCCGGCAUUCCGCAACGUGACUCUAAAAUGCUUCACCGAGAUUGCUGGAUUGCAACUGGGGGCGGAGUAUCAGGAAAAGUUUGUGCUCAUGUAUAACCACGUAAUCGCUACCAUACCGAGCGUGCUUCCACCAGAGACGAAUAUAGCAAAAGCGUGGGAAACGAGUUCGGAUGCGGAGCAGCAAUUUAUUCAAAAUUUGUCACUCUUUCUAACGACGUUUUUGGGGAGACAUUUAAAGUCAUUGGAAUUUGCGGCGGGACAACAUGGGCCUACAAAAGAAUAUCUUUUGCUUGGACACCGAUAUCUUUUGCGGAUUUCAGAGGUUGAGGACCGCGAGGUCUUUAAGAUCUGUUUGGAAUAUUGGACGACCUUGAUUGCGGGGCUUUUCGAUGAACUGCAAGCAAUGCCACAUAGUGUCGACAUGCCUUUGCUGAACCUCGGUGCUGUUUCUGGAAUAAAUCGCACAUCCUUUGCCCCGAAUCUGCCCUUGAGAAAGAACAUUUACGCCGAGAUGCUAUCUCGACUUCGGGUUAUUAUGAUCGAGCAAAUGGUGAAACCUGAGGAGGUUAUUGUUGUCGAGAACGAUGAGGGAGAAGUUGUUCGUGAGACGCUAAAGGAGAGUGACACCAUUGUGCUGUACAAGAGCAUGCGAGAGGUGUUGGUGUAUUUGACGCACUUGGAUGUGGAGGACAUGGAGCGGAUCAUGUCAGAAAAGCUGGCAAAACAGAUUGAUGGAUCGGAAUGGUCAUGGACCAACUUGAACAAACUCUGUUGGUCGAUCGGGUCUAUUAGUGGAGCCAUGAGCGAGGAUGUUGAAAAAAAGUUUCUGGUGACUGUCAUCAAGGAGCUUUUGGGGCUCACGGAAAUGAAACGAGGCAAAGAUAAUAAGGCGAUCGUGGCGUCUAACAUUAUGUAUAUUGUUGGCCAAUAUCCACGGUUCUUGAAGGCGCAUUGGAAAUUUUUGAAGACGGUUGUGAACAAGCUGUUUGAGUUUAUGCAUGAGCUUCAUGAGGGUGUGCAAGAGAUGGCUUGUGAUACAUUUAUCAAAAUCGCUCAGAAAUGCAAGCGACAUUUCGUGAUUCAGCAGCAGCAUGAGGUUGUUCCCUACAUUGAAGAAAUACUGGCGACCAUGGACCAAAUCACAUCGGAUUUGCCCCCACCGCAGAUGCACACAUUCUACGAAGCGGUCGGGUACAUGAUUUCCGCUCAGCCAAGUAAACCACAACAAGAGCGGUUGAUCAACAAGUUUAUGGAGUCAGCUAAUGCGGCGUGGGAUGCCAAAAUGAGCCAAGCGCGGGUCAAACCAGAAAUCCUUCACGAGCCCGACACGGUCAAGCUCCUGUCACAUAUCAUCAAAACCAAUGUUGCGGCUUGCACGUCCAUCGGAGGUCCCUUUUAUGUGCAAAUUGGCCGGAAUUUUAUGGAUUUGUUGGGUCUUUACACGGCUGCCAGUGGAAUUAUUGCAGAAUUGGUUGUAACACAAGGGCUUAUUGCUACCAAGACGCCCAAGGCACGCAGUUUGCGGACAAUUAAAAAGGAGAUUCUGCGGUUAAUGGAAACGUACAUUGGCUUGUCGGAAGAGAAGGAUCUGCAGAUUGUUAUGCAGAACAUUAUACCACCGCUGCUGGAGGCCGUUUUGGGAGAUUAUGCGCGGAGUGUUGAGCCAGCAAAGGACGCGUUCGUCUUAACUGUCAUGGCGAGCAUCAUCAACAAACUGGGGGAUUUGAUGGAUGACAAGAUUCCUGCUGUGCUGGGUGCCGUGUUUGAGUGUACGGUGAACAUGAUUAGCAAAAACUUUGAAGAUAAUCCUGAACAUCGAAUUGGGUUCUUUACAUUGAUGCAUGCGAUUACACAGAGUUGCUUCAAAGCCGUUGUACAAAUGCCGGCACCUCAAUUCCGCGUCUUUUACGACAGUGUCAUAUGGGGUAUCAAGCACACAAUACCCGAUAUUAGCGAACUGGGCUUGUCGAUCAUAUCGACCAUGGUAACACAGUUUGGCGCGGUGGACCCAGCGCUUGCGAAUCAAUUCUACCAAACGUACUUUGUGAGCCUGUUACAAGAUAUCUUUUUCGUUUUGGUGAAUCCUUUCCACAAAUUUGGUUUCCGAUUGCAAUGCAUGAUCUUGCGGGACAUGUUUAAUGCUAUUGAGACAGACCGGAUCAAAGUGCCUAUUUUUGACCCAACACAAAUUCCUACCCCUGUUGCGACAAACAAGGCAUUCCUUCAAGACUAUACCACAGAUCUGCUCCUAAAGUCGUUUGCACAUUUGCAGAGAGUGCACGUACAGACAUUUGUUGCUGGGCUAUUUGUGACGUCACGAGAUUUUGAAGUGUUUUUGCCCCAUGUGCGGGACUUCUUGGUGACGCUAAAGGAAUUUGCUGGUGCGGAUAAUAGUGACUUGUACUCUGAGGAACGGGAAAGGGAGGCUGCCUUGAAGAAAAAGAUGGAGAUGGAGAAGGCGCUGAGCAUUCCUGGCAUGAUCAAGCCAAGUGACAGAACGGAUGACAUGGCUGAUUAGCCAGUGUGUUUUGUGUGAUUUAAUGUAUUUGGGGACGCAAUAUGAGUAGAUAGUACACAUGACUCCACGCAUUUUUAAGUGGUCGACCCUUGUAUAAUAGGUUUGGUGCUGCAAAAAGAUAUCACCAUUGCAUCGAUGCCCGAGGGUUUUUGAUGUGGGGAAAAAGC